AUGGUUCAUUUAGGAGUUGAUGCGGUCCUCGACCUCGAGUUUGAUGCCUUGAAGCUCGAUGUCCAGCCUGAAUUCAGCGAUGCUGAGCUCCUCCGUCAGAAAUACCCUGCCAAAGCUCAUGCUCGCAAGGUAGCUGAGGAGCUCAAGAUCGGGGCUGGUCACGGCUGUGAAUCGGGCAUCAUCUACAUCCCCGGCGAGCCGACUCGGCAGUACGUUGACUCGGAUCAAGGUCCCGAAUUCCGUCAGCGUCGCUACUUCUACUACAUCACCGGCGUCGAAUACGCCGACUGCACCGUGACGUACGAGGUUGGCAGCGACACGCUGACGCUGUGGAUCCCGUACAUCGAGCCCCGCCAGGCCCUCUACUACGGUAACGUACCGGACGCGGCCAGGAUGUCCGACAUGUUCGACGUGGACAGGGUGAGGUACUCCAAGGAGCUCCCGGGCUUCGUGGCGGCCAAGUCUAACCCGUCGACGACCUUCUACGUCCUGAGUCGGACGCAGGUGCACCGAGUGAUGCUCAUGGCGCCGGCUCCCGACAAGGACGGCGAUGACAAGAGACCCCGCGUGGACUGGGCGCGGCUCAGGCCGGCCAUGGACCGCGCCCGCGUCGUUAAGGAUGCCCACGAGAUCGCCCUGAUCCGCCGCGCCAACUCCAUCUCCAGCAUCGCCCACCGCAAGGUCGCCGCCAACCUCCUCCGCCUGGGCAACGAGCAGGACGUCGAGGCCAUCUUCCUGGCCACCUGCAUCGGACGUGGCGCCCACAAGCAGGCCUACCACAUCAUCGCCGGGUCCGGCCCCAACGCCGCGACGUUGCACUACGAUGCUAACGACGCCCCCCUCCGCGCGUCCGACGUCCUCGUUAUCGACGCCGGCUGCGAGUACCGCUGCUACGCGAGCGACAUCACCCGCUCCCUGCCCAUCUCCGGCUCCUGGAGCCGCGAGUCCGGUGCGAUCUACGCCGUCGUCCAGCGCAUGCAGGACGCAUGCAUACGCUCCGUCCGCCCCGGCCUCCGCUACGCGAACCUCCACCUCCUCGCCGCCCAGAUCGCCACCGACGCCCUCCUCGACCUCGGCAUCCUGCGCGGCCCCAAGGCCGACGUCCACGCCAGCCGCGUCGUCGCCGCCUUCUUCCCCCACGGCCUCGGCCACCACGUCGGUCUCGAGGUCCACGACGUUACCGGAGAUGACAAGCUGCUCACCGGGCUCGACGUCUAUAAUGAAACCUAUGACACAAGCAGCCACGCUGCUUCCCGUCGCCCCAAGCUGCAGUCCAUGUCGCGCGAGGGUCUGAUCUCCCUGGCUAAGGAUUCUGCUCUCCAUUCCCAGGCCCACGCGGGUGAGGUGCGUCCUCAGCUACAGGUCCUUCAGCCUGGAAUGAUUGUCACUAUUGAGCCUGGACUCUACUUUAACCGCGACUACCUCCAAGGAUACUACCUCUCCAAGCCGGAUAUUGCCCGCUUCAUCGACACCGACGUCCUGCAGCGCUACUACCCCGUCGGAGGCGUACGUAUCGAGGACGACAUCCUCGUCACAAAGGAUGGCUAUGAAAAUCUGACGACGGCUCCCAAGGGCGAAGAGCUCCUGGAUAUCAUUAAUGGGACGUACGAGUUUCUUUGA